AUGGCGGACGCUGCGGACACGUCGCGCACCUCGGUGGCCGCACAGUUCGAGCCGCUGUUCGCAGAGCUCGAGGCGGAACGGUCGCGGUCCGACGCGAUUCGCGAGCAGGCCAAGGAGCUCGAUCGAUGCCACCGCUCGCUUGCGCUGCUGCUCAACAGCGUGCACUCGACCAAGGAUGCAGAGAAGCAGAUCGUGUCCGAAUCGCAACCCAUCGUAGUCAAGAUCAGGCAAAGGGUGGGCGAAUUGGCGGAGCUGGUUCCGCAAGGCCAGUUUUAUCGUUGGUGUGACGACUUUUCGGGGGCGGUUAGGAAUGUCACAUCGAGCAUCGCGCUGCUUGUGCUGCUGAGCACGGGCAGUCUGGUGACCAAGACGCAGGUGGAACAGGUGAUGGGCGUGGACGAGGGCAAGGCAAGCGUGCAUGUGGCCACGGAAGACUACCUGCACGGCAUCAUCAAUAUGCUCAACGAGCUACCGCGCUUGGCGGUCAACAGGGUCACCAUGGGUGACUUCCGCACCCCCGUCCGACUAGCGAGCUUUGUCAAACAGGUCCAUGCAGGCUUCCAGCUGUUGAACCUCAAGAACGACAGCCUCAGAAAACGGUUCGACGGGAUCAAGUACGACGUCAAGAAGAUCGAGGAGGUGGUAUACGAUAUCUCGCUACGCGGACUUGUCAAGCACCAAGAUAGCAGCGAGGAAGGGCUGGCUUUCCCGCUCCCGCCAAGCGAGGCGCAGACCCUCGUAGAUCAGUACCAACGUGCCACCUGA